GAUUUUCAGUGUCGAGCUACACUUCAAGAACUAAAUGCAGUCCCCCCUAUAUUAGAUCUCUUGAAGUCAGAAUAUCCAAUUAUUCAGUUGUUGGCUCUCAAAACCUUAGGUGUUAUUACAAAUGAUAAGGAGGCACGGGCGAUGCUAAGGGACAAUCAAGGAAUGGACCACCUUAUUAAAAUCCUAGAAACUAAGGAACUGAAUGACCUUCAUAUAGAAGCACUUUCCGUGAUAGCAAAUUGCCUUGAAGAUAUGGAUACUUCGGUGCUCUUUCAGCAGACAGGGGGUCUUAAGAAGCUCCUCUCAUUUGCAGAAAACUCUACAAUUCCUGAUAUUCAGAAGAACGCAGCAAAAGCAAUAACUAAAGCAGCUUAUGAUCCUGAAAAUAGAAAACUCUUUCACGAACAAGAGGUCGAAAAAUGCCUUGUGGCCCUUUUGGGUUCUGAAAAUGACGGAACUAAAAUUGCUGCCUCCCAAGCUAUUUCGGUGAUGUGUGAGAAUUCAGGCAGCAAAGAAUUUUUCAAUAAUCAGGGGAUUCCACAGUUAAUUCAGUUGCUCAGGAGUGAAAGUGAAGAAGUAAGGGAAGCCGCGGCCCUCGCCCUAGCUAAUCUGACCACAUGCAACAGGGCGAAUGCAAAGAAAGACCGAGGGAAAAAAGAAGAGGAAAAAGUGAAGGAGGAAGAGGAGUUUGCGGCAGCCCCAAAAUUGGCCGGAGAAGGGAGCCCUGAUAAAGAAUGGUACCCUCCCUCCGACCCGGGCUUCUGUGUUUAUGUGUAUGAAGUGACCAAGUCAAUAUUUCCCAUAACCAAUAUUAAGGAGCAGAUUGAGGCUCUUGCAAAGUAUGUGGCAGAAAAAAUGGGCGGUAAAGUUUCAAAAGAGAAACUACAUGAUUUCAGCUGGGAACUUCAUAUAAGUGAACUAAAAUUUCAACUUAAAUCCAAUGUUAUACCAAUUGGACUGAUCAAAAAAGGAAUCUUCUACCAUCGAGCUUUGCUUUUCAAGGCGCUGGCUGAUAAAAUUGGCAUUGGCUGCUCUCUGGUUCGUGGGGAGUAUGGCAGAGCCUGGAAUGAAGUUAAGUUGAUGAAUGAAUCUCGUAAGGGACUGAUUGAGGCUCUCCCUCCCCCUGAGGUGUAUAUCGUUGACCUCAUGUUCCAUCCAGGCGGGUUGAUGAAGUUAAGAAGUAAAGAGGCAGAUCUUUACAGAUAUCUCUAAGCUACCAAAUGAACAAAAAGGGGUUCACACAAGAAGUGCAUUAUAUACACUUCUUAUGAAGUUCACCAAUUGAUUUUAUUUCUUUAAAUAAAAGUAUUAGAAAUGUUCUCUCUGUGUAGAAAUGAGGACACUUGGAUUGAACUUGGUGAUGGUGGUGGUUCUGAUUUCAGGUUCUUGGCAAGAGUUCAGUCUGAUUAGAUCCUAUUAUGCUCACUGUCCCUCAUGUAAAGUUUAUUAUUGUCAAAAUUAAUCCACCCCACUAUUUCCCGAGGAGCCUCUCUGCCCUUUGGGAAUCAUGUGGUAAAGCACCCAGCUGCCGGCCGCUGUUCCUGGGACAAUACCGUGGCCUCAUGCCUGUCAUUCUUCACGCCCAGAAUGGUUCAGGAACACUUGG